AUGGCUGCAUCAUUAUUACCUUCAAUCUUUGUACCUCUUGUAGGAUUAGUUUUCCCGGCUGUUGCAAUGGCAUCUCUUUUUCUUUACAUCGAGAAAGAACAGGUGAGCUAA